AAGUGCGGCAGUGGGUUGCGUUGCAAUUUGUGGAGAUAUUCCUGAGCCAUGAGUGUCACAUGCCUUUUAGUACUGACCUCCUACAACAAUUCUCCCUCGGGGCCAUCAACACUUGCAAGCAACCGCAACACAUCUCUUGAGAGGGAUAGACUGGGGGCUUUCCGAUCCGGAAGAAAAGCAUCGCGGGAUCAGCCCGUGGAGUGCAGCCUAUUCUCAGCCAUCAUACAAGAAAGGUACAAGACGAGGGUGACAACGAGGAGGAGGAGGAGGACAAUGUCUCUGUUUCAAUCAUUCAAGAACCUCAGCCCCCGCACACGCCUGCUCGUCGGCGCGGGCCUGUUCACCUGGGGCCUCGUGGGCCUGCAGUUUACCGACGCCGCGGGGGAGAAGCUGGGCAUCGCGGAGCCGACGGAGCGGGAUCGGGAGGAGCUCCGGGCGCUGGCGCCGAGGAUCAGGGUUGUUGACCAUUCUACUUCCUCGUCUGCCGGUGGUGGUGGUGGUGCUGGACCGGAAAGGAAGUGAGAAACCUUAGUUGAUGGUUCGCUCAUACCGGGCUGGGGGAAGAAGGGUUGAAGGCAUCUAGGGCGCAAGAGGGGGAGAAGCACGCAUGUUUUGUCGGCGAAAAUGUGACGAGUUUGUACGAAUACGAUCUGUGCUUUCUAGCCAGGACACAGGGGCAAAGCGGUGCCCCUUUCUCAUCAUUUCGGCAUCAAAACAUUCUCGGCGGCAGAUGGUGGGUUUGGCUCACACAGCGAGCAAUACACAGGACGCCAGUAUCUCACAUAAUGGGCGAGAAGCCCCCGUCUCUCCA